AUGACUUGCGGUGUUCUCUUGGUGUUAGUCCUGAAUGAUAAAGCGAGCGCGAGCAGCCUGGUGAGGGCUCCAGGACUCCACAAUCUUCGUUAUGAUGUCACUGUGAUCUCCCUGGGUGGAUCUGUGCAACCACAAUUCCUUGCUGAGGGAUAUUUAGAUGCAAAGCCCUUUCUGCACUUUGAUAGUGAGAAAGGCAAGGCACAGCCCCAGGGGCCAUGGGCAGAUGCAGACCUGAGAAAUAAGACCUGGGACACAGAGACCAUUGACUUGACAGACAUAGGGAUGGAGCUCAGAAGGACUCUGGCAGAAAUCAUGGCCCUUCAGGACCAGCAAGAAGGCUUGCAUUCCUUCCAGGAGAUGCUGGGCUGUGAGAUCCAGGAAAACAACUUGGCCAGGGGCUUCUGGUAUUUCUUCUAUGAUGGGGAGCCCUUCCUCUCCUAUCACUUGGAGACCCAGAGAUGGAUGGUUCUCCAGUCCUUUGCCCAGCCCUUGGCACUGGAAAUCAAGAACACCUGGGACACAGAUAGGGAUAAACACAAGGAGUACAAGCACCGUGUGCAAGGAGAUAUUUGUGGAAAAUUACAGAAAUAUCUAAAAUCCUCGACAAGUGUCAAGAGCCAAACAGUACCCCCAGCAGUGAAUAUAACCCGCAGAGAGGUUGUGGAAGGCAACGUUAUGCUGCUCUGCAGGAUUUUUGGCUUCUAUCCCUGGAAAAUCUCACUGACCUGGCUUCAGGAUGGGGGACCACUGGCCCAGGACUCCCAGUACCAUGGAUGUAUUGUGCCUCAUGUGAAUGGAACCUAUCAAACCUGGGUGUCCAUAAAGGUUCCCCAAAGAGAGGAGCAGAGGUACAGCUGCCACGUGGAACACAGUGGGAAGAACUAUACAUACCCUGAAGCCUUUGGUGAGUACAGGCCAUAUUAG